UGCUAUCGCGUGGUAAUCGGAGUACUUAUCAGAUAUACCCCAUAAUAUUUUAUUUGCUCUGAUAACGAUUAUCAGUCUAAGAACAAGCGAGGCGCUUCGUCAGUAUCGCUAGAGUCAUUGUCGUUGAUUGAAGAUGAGUAACCGCGUAAAUUCCGUGGUACGUCGAAGCGUACCUUGCUACUUCUGCAACGAUUUUUUGGAGGAGAGGUACCUGAACGAUCACCUGAAGCAUUGUGGCUCGGUUUUGGAGGAAUGUGCCUACAAGUGUGGCGUUUACGUGCCACGGAGGAACAUGGAGGACCAUCGAGGGACUUGUAAUAGGAACGGUUCGAGGAGGAACAGUCAGAUAAGCGAGGUCCAAGACACUUUAUGGAGGAACAAAAUAUUCUCAGCUUUGACGUUGCUUCGCUCCGCGUUGAACGAGGAGGAGAGGGAACGCAAGAACCUUCAAGUUAACGUGUCUCGGUGUUUCAAGUUGCUGCACUCCCAGCAGGAGGCCAUCGACAUCUUGCGGUUCCAAGCGGCGGAAAUGACGGGGGAGUGUCGUCAGGGGAACGCUGCCUUGAAUCAGCGAUUGAGCACGUUGGAAUCUAGUCGUGAUGACAUGGAGCACCGUACCAGACUGAGCUUCCAACAGAUCUCCGAGCAACUGAAGCUGCUGCACGUCGAGCUCACCGAUGAACAGAGCAAAAAGGACGAGGUGCUGGGCGAUUGGUGCAUAGAGCUGAAAGAUCUGAAGACGUAUCUGGCGCAGGAGAGCGCCCACGUGAGCGGGAUGUGGCAAGAACAGCAACAGUUGAUCCACGACCUCAAGCUGGAGCUGGAGAUGAGGUGUAAGAGCUCGAACGAGCUGACGUCUCAACAGAAGGCUCUCGCUGAGAAAGUCGACGCUCUCAGCGAAGAAGUACGCAAGCAGACGUCGGUGGUGGACGAGCACAAGUGCACCAUCAAAGGGCUGAAGUUUCAGACGAAGGAGAACCUGAAGUAUCUGGAAGAGCUGAUCAGAGAGAGCUCCAAGCCCAAUGUUGCGGAGCUGGUGGAGUGUCCAUGUGAACAGGAACACGAGGAGCAGUUUCCAACCAAUGGUAGGCUCCUCUGGAGGAUCGAUCGUUACAAAGAGAAAAUGUCCGACGCCAAAGAGAGCGAUUGCGCGCUGUACAGCCCAAGAUUCUCCAACAAGGAGUACGGGUACACGCUGAGGCUGGAGUUGUUCCUGAACGGUAUAGGCCAGUGGAAAGAUCGCCACAUAAUAGGCUGCCUUCGCGUGGAAAAUGGAAAGUGGGACCCUCUGUUGGACUGGCCCUGCGUCCUCCGAGCCUCCGUCGCUUUGAGGAACCAGGAAAACCCUGCAAACGACGUGAAGAAGCUGGUCAAGGCUGUUGGCUAUGAUAGAACGAACCAGAACGUCGACAGAGACUCCGGAAUUUAUAUGUUCAUUCCUCAUACGACCUUGACCCGGUACACCGGGUAUGUUAAGGACGACACGUUGUUCCUGGACAUUCAAGUGAGGGAUAUAAAAACCAGCGCUUCCGCGUCGUCUCUAGUGUCGUGAGCGAUGGAGUGGCUGAUACAAUCGUUGACAGAAAGAACAAAGUAAAUACAUGGGGCCCUGAGUGUACUCCAAAUAACACUAUUUGCACAGAUAUAUUGAUACUGUUUCAGAUUAUAGUGGAAUGUAAAGGAAUGUUUUUGAUAGAGUUUUUUAGUAGUAAAACACGUUGAAUUCUUGAGGCAAAAGUUGCAGU